AUGUUUCCUCGUAGAUCAACAAGUGCCAGCUUACCUUCCCAGUCAUUCUGGGGUAAAUUCAAGGGCAAAAAGAGCGACAAGGACAGCGAAUACCGCGACAGGCAGUCACAAAUGGCUCUCGCCAGACAGCGCCUUCUUACCCUCGCCUACGACGAUAUGGAAACAGUCAGAGUUCUCCCUCCGACUUACAAUGACUUGGAGGCCGUAGCCCGAGACUGGGCAAAACCACCCCCUGAUGCUAUCUUCAGUCUCCGAGUGCCCACCGAAUUCGCAUCGCUACAUGCCUCCCGGCUGGUUUCAGGGCCAUACAUCUACCUGACUGGCGAAGAUUCCUAUCAAAUUGCGAUAAUGGGUGUACAGGGCCUAAGGGUGGAGAUCGUCAGCGACGCUCCGCCACCGCCGGAUGAACCUCCCCCCCCGCCAGUCACAGAGAUGCCGGCCACUUUUAAUCUGGAACUCGUUCCAGGACAACAAAUUGCUCUGGAAACAACAGUUGCCUCUGCGGACGAUGUAGACAUGGCCCGCAUGGAGGACGGCACCGUGGUCGACGGCUUGUUCUGGGGAAAACUCGUGAUCGUCCACGCGGACAACAACCAUUCCGUCGACUUUACUGGGACCCGAAUGAAUAAUCCAGAUAUCACCCCCGAGUUCAUGUUCGACUCAAAAGUUAUGAGCAAGCUGGCCAGCGCUUCACGCCCUUCCCCCGCCAAGUGUCACCUCGUCCUUCUCGCACCCGCUCAGCAAUAUUGUGAUGUUAUUCUUACUGUAAACCCACUCUGGAAUCUUUCGAUGGCGUGGCCCCCCGCCGAGAAUGUAGGCGACCACAAACACAAGUACUUCCUACGAGUGCAUCCUGGUGGCGCAUUGGAACAUUUCGAAAGCGAAAUGGUCGUGACGUCAUUAUACUACGAGGCCCUUCCGGACCCCGCGAUGGUAGACCCCAACGAGUUUAUCGCCCCUCGAAACGGUUUCGCGAUGCCUUUCCGUGAUUUCAUCACUCACCUAAUGAAUGUGUUGGAUCAACUUGGAAUGUCCCUGCACGCACGAACUAACUUUAUCAAUAACAAUCUUCAUGCAUUCUCGGCUCACAGAAAUAUCGCUUACCGUUUCCUUUCUCCAACCAAGAUCGCCAAUGCCAUCGACAUCUCUGUGACCGCUGAUCCUUGCGUCUUCACUCGCCUCUUCCUCAUCUUCCGCGGCAUCUCCGAUGAUGACAUUGGAUUGUUUGCGGGGGCUGGCGAAAAGGAGGCCAAUACGCACAACUGGAGAGAGAUCGUUGGAUGGUCUGAGAACUCGAAGGAUACAUCGUUGUUCCGUGUCCUGGAAACUUCGAUCUGGGAAAUCACUUGA